CACCGGAAGUAACCAAACUCCGCCCCUGUGCCAAGAUGUCUGCGCCCGACGAAGACACGUUUGCCGAGGAAGCAGCCGACAUGGUGGAGAUGGACGAAGCCGGCAGCGACGACGAUGAAGGGGUAGAGAUGGAGGACGAAGGAGCCGCCGGAGAGGCCGACAAGAAAGUGUACGUGCCCGGCAUCGAGCCGCUGCGGCCCGGAGAGGAGCUGGAGAUGGACCGCUCCGCGUACCGCAUGUACCACGAGUGCCAAACAGGUGCUCCGUGUCUGAGCUUCGACGUCCUGAGAGAUGGAGACGGAGAGAGCAGGGACAAGUUCCCUCUGUCCAUGCUGCUCUGUGCGGGCACACAGGCGGACACAGCCCUGAGCAACAGACUUAUCGUCAUGCGCAUGUACAACCUUCAUGGAACGGAGAAAGAGAAGGAAAAAGAGGGAGAAGAAAGCAGUGAUGAAGAAAGUGAUGAAGAUGAGGAGGAUGAAGACAAGAAGCCACAGAUGGAACUGGCCAUGAUGCCUCACUAUGGAGGAAUUAACAGAGUCAGAGUGACCCGGCGCGGUGAGCAGUCAUUGGCUGCUGUCUGGUCAGAGAAGGGACAGGUAGAAAUAUUUGACCUCCAACCUCAGAUGGAGGCCGUCCACAGUUCUGCUGCCAUGGCAACUUUCAUGAAACAGCAGAAGGAGGCCACAGCUCUCUUCAGCUACGCAGGUCACAUGACUGAAGGCUUUGCGAUCGAUUGGUCGCCCAUAGUUCCUGGUCGUCUCGUCAGCGGAGACUGCAAAAAGAACAUCCAUGUGUGGGAGCCGCAGGAGGGCGGGACUUCCUGGCAGAUUGACCAACGACCUUUCAGCUCCCACAGCAAGUCUGUGGAGGAUCUGCAGUGGUCGCCGACUGAGGCUACAGUUUUUGCAUCUUGUUCGGUGGAUCAGUCGAUUCGUGUCUGGGACAUCCGCUCACCGCCCAAUUCAAUGCUCUCGGCCAAUGCAGCUCACUCAUCAGACAUCAACGUGAUCAGCUGGAACAGGAGUGAACCAUUCCUGCUGUCAGGAGGGGACGACGGCCUUCUGAAAGUCUGGGAUCUGCGACAGUUUAAGGGUGGACGACCCGUGGCGAACUUCAAGCAACACAGCGCUCCCGUCACCUCGGUGGAGUGGAACCCCGUGGACUCGAGUGUGUUUGCCGCCUCGGCAGCGGACGACGUCGUCAGCCAGUGGGAUCUGUCGGUGGAGUCGUGUGACGUCGGUGCCAGGGUGGAGGGGGUGAAGGACUUACCCCCUCAACUGCUGUUCCUGCACCAGGGUCAGUCGGAGAUUAAGGAGAUUCACUGGCACCCACAGUUACCUGGUGUGAUGGUCUCCACGGCGCUGUCAGGAUUCAACGUGUUCAGGACAAUAUCUGUGUAGUGUGUCUGUCUGAGUGUGUAUGCAUGUGUGAGAGAGAAACGGAGGAUUUUACAUUUGUAAUACACAUUUACUGUGUAAUGAGCAGGAAAUCCAUAUGUUUCAUCUUUAUGGAGCUUCUAAUGUACAUAACUUAGCUGUGUAGGAUUUAUUUUUUCUUUUUGACAUUUAUUUGCCAGUUCCAUCUGGUGUUAUCUUUAUCAAUGAACUUUCAGUCUGUAUGUUUUACAGAUAUUUUAGGCAUUUCCAAGUGCAGGCUUAAAAUAAAAUGUUCAAAACCA